UCUUGUGAGAAGCAGGAGAAAGAGGAGGAGAAGGAGGAGUCGCCGGGACCACGGCGAGGGAUUAGUUCGCACGGGAAUUCGAAGGUCGCCGAGGGAGAAGCGAAGAUGUGGUGCCUCGUCAGUCAGGCCAACUCCGUCAUCCUCGAGGUGCAGGUCGACCCGAAGGCCAUCGGCCAGGAGUGUCUCGAGAAGGCCUGCGACUGUCUGGGAGUCAGCAAGGAGUGCGACUACUUUGGGCUGAAGUAUCAAAAUGCAAAGGGCGAGGAACUCUGGCUGAAUCUGAGGAACCCUAUAGAGCGACAGACCGGCGGCGGCGUGGCACCUUUAAGAUUCGCACUGAGGGUUAAGUUUUGGGUGCCUCCUCACCUGUUGCUGCAAGAGGCCACCAGGCACCAGUUCUAUCUGCACUCCCGCCUCGAGCUGGUCGAGGGUAGGCUGAAAGUCGCGGAUUGGGGCUCCGUGGCUCGUCUGGUCGCCCUGAUAGCGCAGGCCGACGGCGGUGAUUACGAUGCGCUGUCACCUCCGCACGCGCUCUACUCCCAGUGCUGUCACAUACAACCCGCGGAGCCGUGCGAGCCGAAACCGCAAGACUUCCUGGUACGGAUAGUGCAGCAGCACAAGGAAAUCAAGGGGAUGAAAGCAUCGACCGCUGAAUAUUGGCUCUUGAAAGAGAUAUCAAACCUCGACGCAUUCGGACAGGAAAUGUUUCACAGUAAAUUUGGAUACAACGGUGUGUCUAUGAUCGGCGUUGGUCCGCACGGAAUCACGGUUUACCGCAAUCAGGACGAAGAGACACAAAAUAUACCGUAUACAGCUAUACAAAGUGCUACGUCACAACGACGGAUGUUCCACCUGGUUUAUCUCUCACUUGACGGCGAGGAGACAUCGCUGGACUUUAAAUUAGACUCCAGCCAGUCCGCCAGCGGACUUUACAGAGCGAUCACCGAGAAACACGCGUUUUAUAGCUGCGAGACAGUUAGGAGCGCAGUCACCGCACAGUUUAUCCGCGAUUUAAAGGGGACAAUAAUUUCCAUUUUCAACGAGGACUCGACCCUGGGCAAGAAAUACGUGUUUGACAUACGCAGGACCUGUCGCGAGGUAUACGACAAUGCGCGGCGCGCGCUUUAUUGCGAGUCGACGACCAUAGCUUUGCCGGAGGAGAACGAGAUCCUCGACAGGCAUGCCUGCGGGGAGUGCGAGAAUCCUAAGUGCAAGGAAUCUCGGGAAUGCCUGGCGAGAUUGUUGGACGCCAUGCUCUGCCGGAUCUGUAUGGACCGGAGCCUGGACACAGCCCUGUUUCCCUGUGGACACGCCGUGGCCUGUCUCGACUGCGCCCGUCGCUGCGAGCGUUGCCCGCUGUGUCGCGCUGACAUCGAUUACUGCCGGACGAUAUACCUCCCGAUUGAGCUGACGCACAUCGACAAGCACAAUCCGAAACUCUUGUCGGAAACAAUCGAGCCCGUAUUCAGCAAGCCCUUGACAGAUGAGAUGAAAGAUAAGAGAAUCUUGGACAGCGAGGCGCCGGUGAACAGUAACAUUUGAGAGCGUCGAGUCAAUCGUAGACUCGGUGCGUUCGAAAGAUUCUUCAGGAUUGUCACUUGCCGCGCAGGAAGGGCGUACUGAGAUACGAGGGUGAAGCGCUUUUCUAUUUACCUGUCGAGCGACCGAUCGAGGGUUUCGACGUUCGUUGGAUCGCACGACGAUGCUCGUUGCGUUUCUCAUCCGAUUCUUAAAACUUUUGUUUCGCGCAACGAGGCUUCAAUUACGUGCGAUUGCAUGUUUUAUUAUUAUUUGAUGUCAUUUUGAUGUUUCUCCACUUUUAUUCUUAAUUUACUUGUCUAAUUUUUAAAAAGAAAUGAUAGCUAUAAUCAUAAGAUUAUUGAAAAUUAUCCUUUUUUUUACGGAAGUGAUUUUAUAACAAUAAGUUACCCACCGAACAGUUGAACACUUACUCCGACAUUAUUGUUGAUAUUACUUCUACUUUUGAAAUAAUUAUGAAACAUCUCCAAUGAAAUUAUUUGAAAAUAUUAUGAAACAUUGUUUUACGCGGAACCACGUAUCUUAACAUCUCGAUUGCUUCUUCAAUAAAAGCUUUGAAGAAAAGUUUUUCUUGGUUUUUUGACCAAAGAAAUAUGUUUUUCAGGAAUAAGUUAAGCUAAUUUUUUUUUAUUAAUUAAUAAACAGAAUGAAUGAUUUUGGAAAUACUAAAAAUUGAGAAAUAAUUUAAUGGGACUGUGAUCAAAGAUGAUAUUGUUGAGAAGACACAAGAAAUACGAGUGUAGCGUAAAUCCAAUUGGGGAAUCAUGGGAUUACAUCAUUCUGUCUGCAUAUAUUCGUAAUGGUGUUACAAAUAUUCCCUUUAAUCGGGCGGCCGAAAAGUGCUAUUAGCAGCAUGAAUCUAAACGAGAAACAGUGCUGCCGACGUGUGCGAACAAAAAUGCAAUCUAUAUUAUAACACAAGAUCCAAAAGCACUUGGAGAUAAACUUUUGUUUCUAACUGAUGAGAUCGGACCAAUUUUUUCCUUGUUAUUUCAUGAUCUUUCUCAAUGCUUCUGUGUUCCUCUUAGAUAGAUACGCUUCUUUUUGGUCAUGUGUUUACUCUGAUCUAGAUAGCACUCGCAGGUUAUACAUACACAUCGGGUCGGGAACUUUUAUCGGAAUCGGUGACCCAGCAUAUUUUUACUACAACAUUCGUUAUUCAUUACGUAUAUGCGGUAUCGUUUACAAAAUAACUGCUACAACAUAGUCGCUUCUAACGGAUGUUUCGAUUAAAAUGAAAUUUAAAUCGUGUCGAUAUAUUUACAUUGAUUAUGAUGUUUACGAUAGACUUAGAAUGUUACGUAUUGCAUUAUCACUUUAACUAAACAGUAGAUUGUAGUCAUAAAGGCAACACAAUACAUUUAGAUAUAUAUUGUCGAUCUAUUUUUAUCACGCAUAGUGAACAAGUAGAAUUAAAUAUAUAAUCAUUGCAGAAUUGUUAGCCGAAAACGAUUCCCUGCGAAUUAUAUCUUAUUCUUUCAUUUUUCAUUGAAGCGUCCUAUAUGAAGAAGGAGACUUUAUUAGCAUAAUAUCUGUUUAUAUAUGUACAUAAGAAAUGAGAUAACCCGCAGCAGUAGGGUCAAGUGAGUAAAAGUCAUAAGUUCACCAAAUGUCAAAUCUGUUUUAAUAUACUAUGCGCAUACGUCACUCUUCAAAUAAGUCAUAAUAAAAGCGAAACAAGUUAUUAAUUGCCUGUGCUUUGCACCUAAAAGAUAAAUCGUAGAAUAAAAAAUCAAUGGCGUUUUAUGUCUGAGGAAACAGAAAGGAAGAUCAUUCCUGAAUAAAGAUAAUACGCAUUUUCAUUUUAAUUGAGCAUCUUGAGCUGAUCAAAAAUUUGAAAAAUUGACUUCCUUUUUGUUUUCGAUUAGCGAGGAAAAUUCGAUAUUAGCAAAACGUGGAAAGAUAGCAUCUAAUGAAUUAUUUCUAACAUCCACCAAUAGCGUUCUAUGAAUUUUGUAUGAGUGACGAAAAUGAUAGAGUGGGAGAAAGAGAGAGAGAGAGAGAGCAAAAGAGAGAAUGAAAAAAAAAUAAUCGUUAUAGUCAUUUAUCAAUGCAAAGCAAACUUAGUUUGUAAUUAUUUAUAAGAAAAGAUGAUAGUGAGUAUUUACACAUCGCUAUGUUUAAUGCCCUUCAGAUACUCGUCUUCAGUUACAGUGUAGCCUUUUCACCAUUUAAAAAAUGCAAAUUUAGUACCCUAUAUGCUAUGAGAAACAUUUUGUGGAAUUUCUAAAACAUCGAUAUGAUAGCGGAGCUACACUGUACCUGCAAGAUCAGAGUGACGUUUUCAAUGAUCUAUCCUUUUUUUAGACAUUAACGCGAGCGCUAAUACGUAUAUAAAAACGUUAAGUUAAAAUCGUGAUUAUGCAAUUCAAUGCAAUCUUGCAAUAGGUAACUACUGCGUACGCGUUGAUAAAAUAUUUCUGCCGAAAUAUCGCGUAGCUGCCGUGGGAUAAUCUCGAACCAUGAUAAUUAGCUUCGGAAACGAUUGACGUAUAAUUGCGAUUAUAAAAUAUAGUAAUCGCAAAUGUGAGAAACACAAAAUAACUUUGUACCAUUAUUGCGUGUCGAUAGCUGUAAGAUUACUAAUAAUGAUGACAACAAUAACACUAUUAUUACACAUUAUGAAUAAUAAUUUCUUGUGAUUUUAAAUCUCUGUAUAAAACGUAUAAGGAAAAAAAACAAAAAUUCAAAAUAUUGUAGCUAAUAUAUGUAUGGUAGAGACAAAAAUGAUCGAAAUGGAUGAAAGAGAGAAAGAAUGAGAAAGUGUAUGGAUUUCUAAAAGUUAUCGUUUGCAAAGAGUAUUUUUAAAGUAUUUCCAAUUAUUUUUUAGUAUUAUAUCAAAAUUCCACCUGAUUUCCCACUGCGCGAGACGGUGGGGAAAGAGCGCGCGUGCAUAUGAAAUUACCACACACCUUAUGAGACGUAAAUUUUAGCAUUCAAUACGAUGUUUCAAUCUGUUGAUUAAAUAACGUGAAACAUUAA